AGUACACGCUUGAAAAUUAAAAAGCGGCACUAACGCAGUUAGAGCGCUAAACUCCGAAAUCUUCUUCCCUUCUCACCAUCACAUACUUGGGAUAAUGUCUUUAUUUGCAAGAUCUUCACAAAGAUCUUUGGCAAAUUUGGGAUCUUUGAGCACACAAUCACGUAUUGCUACCCGUACAUUACACAACUUACCCUCCGUUGCAGCUGCACAUAUGAAGGCCGUUGACGGAUUCGUUGGAGCGAUUGGUAAUACACCAUUGAUUCGUUUAAAUCGAUUAUCAGAAGAGACAGGAUGCAACAUUAUGGGAAAGGCGGAAUUCAUGGAACCUGGAGGUAGUGUGAAGGAUCGUGCUGCUCUUUUCGUCGUAAAAGAUGCAGAAGAGAAAGGUCUUAUCAAACCUGGAGGUACAAUCGUAGAAGGCACAGCAGGUAACACUGGUAUCGGUCUUGCUCAUGUGGCAAGAUCAAAAGGAUACAAGUGCGUUAUCUAUAUGCCUAACACGCAAUCGCAAAACAAGAUCGACCUGCUGCGCCUGCUUGGUGCUGAAGUGUAUCCCGUUCCAGCUGUUGCUUUCGAUAAUCCAGAGAAUUACAACCAUCAAGCCAAAAGACAUGCUGAUCGAUUGGAUAACGCCGUCUGGACAAAUCAAUUUGACAACACAGCCAACAGAAGAGCCCACAUCGAAACAACAGGACCAGAAAUUUGGGAACAAACAGACGAAGGCAAGAACUUGGACGGUUUCAUCUGUGCUACCGGAACUGGAGGUACAUUAGCCGGUGUAACGUCAUUCUUGAAGGAAAAGUCUGGCGGAAGGGUCAAGUGUUGGCUAGCAGACCCACCGGGAAGUGUUUUGCAUUCCUACAUUCAAUCAGGCGGCAAGCUCAUGGACCGUCAAGGAGGCAGUAUCACCGAAGGUAUUGGACAAGGCCGUGUUACCGACAACAUGAAGGAUGAUAUCGGCAAAUUGGACGGAAGUGUACAUGUCCCAGAUGAGGAAACGAUCGAGAUGGUCUAUCGCUGCUUGGACGAAGAAGGAAUCUAUCUCGGUGCCAGUUCAGCUCUCAAUGUCGUAGCGGCUUACAAGAUGGCACAAGGACUCGGUAAGGGUUCCAACAUUGUGACAAUCUUGUGUGAUGGUGCUUACCGUUAUCAAGACCGCCUAUUCAGCCGUAAGUGGCUACAAUCCAAAGGUCUCGACACUGCCAUCCCCGAGCAUUUGCAAAAGUACAUUGUAUUGGAAUAAGAGCAUGUGAUAUAGUACAGUGAAUAAAAUCGGAAUGCUUUCUCUCAUCCCAUCAGCAUUGAGACAUCUUUAGGUGGGUAACGUGAUUGGGCGAAUGUCAUGAGUCUCUUGAGACUUUGAAUGUACUUUCGGCUGACCUCAUCGUUUAGGACAUGUGCCACAUUUGAG